AACUCAUACAAAACUCAUACACGCAACCUCAGCAGAGCAGAUCCAUCUCCAUCUCGCCACCCAUGGCUGCUCAAAUCACCAGCACUGAAGCCCAAAACUCCUCUUCCUCUUCCUCUUCCCUUCCCCUCAACGGCCGUGUGGCAAUCGUCACCGGCGGCUCGCGAGGCAUCGGCCGCGCCAUUGCAACCCACCUCCACUCCCUCGGCGCCAAGCUGGUCAUCAAUUACGCCUCCUCAAACUCAACGCAAGCAGACCAAUUAGCUUCCGAGCUCAACAGUUGCGAAAAUACCCAAUCCAAAGCCAUUGCAGUUCGAGCCGACGUCUCAGAUCCCGAGCAGGUAAAGCAUCUCUUCGACAGAGCAGAGCAAGAAUUCGAGACCCAAGCCCACAUCGUCGUGAACUGCGCCGGAAUUUUGGACCCGAAGUAUCCAGCUUUAGCCGAGACGAGCGUGGAGGAUUGGGACAAGACCUUCAGCGUGAACGCCAGAGGGGCAUUUUUGGUAUCUAGGGAGGCGGCGAGGAGGCUGAGACGCGGCGGCGGCGGCAGAAUCAUCGCGAUUUCGACGUCUCUCGUUGGGGGGCUGAUGCCAGGAUAUGGAGCCUACGCGGCGUCGAAGGCGGCGGCGGAGACGAUGACGAAGAUUUUGGCGAAGGAGCUGAAGGGGAGCGGGAUAACGGCGAAUUGCGUGGCGCCGGGGCCGGUUGCGACGGAGUUGUUCUUCGCAGGGAAGAGUGAGGAGACGGUGAAGAAGAUUGCAGAGGCUUGCCCUCUGAAUCGGCUGGGGGAGCCCAAGGAUGUGGCUCAGGUGGUGGGUUUUUUGGCAGGGGAUGCUGCGGAGUGGGUCAACGGCCAAGUCAUUAGAGUCAACGGUGGAUAUGUCAUCUGAUCAAUCAAAGUCAUAUUAAUUUUUCUUUAUUGUCUUUCCUUUUAUUCCAGCCCACUUUUGUGAUUAUAAUAACACAAUCAUAAUGAAUUAGAAAUGUUUGUCCCAAACAAAUCAUAAUAUAAAACAGAUUUGUACA